GAAGUAGUUUGCAUGCGCGCAGAUGCAACUGUACUGUGCGUACUUCAGUAUUUUCGAGUUUAUUUAAUGCAUGGACGAUUGUCAUUCCAAGUGAAAAGGUCAACUUGUUUCGGAAUAUCGGAGGGUCGCAGUUUUUCAAAAUUCGAAUAAAUACCUGAGCAAUGGAGAGCAGUUUAGAGAAGUCUAUGGAAGACGUAAAUAACGCCGGGAAUGUUAUUGGCUGCAUUCUGGCGGACCAAUCCGGACUUUGUUUAGGAGUCAAAGGAAAAGCAUCGGGGGAUAGCGCAGGUCGGAUCGCUGCUAUUGCCGACCAGGCUGCGAAACUAGAGCCAGGAUCGCAAGCACCUGUUAUUUCCCUUCAAAACGACAGUCGAGAAUGCUUGAUUCAUCGCCAGGGUCGAGUUGUCGGGGCAAUAUAUAAGGAAGUAACGAUUUGAGAUAGCCUGAAUGUUCUUUUUAAACUAACGAUUGAAACUCUAUUAAAUAACUCAAAUAACCAAUCGUUCAUUGGAAGAUAAACGUUUAACAAUACUGUCAGGUUAUACAAAAUAAUGGUAUAAUUAUUAACAUUUUAUAUGUGCCCUAAAGAGCGUGUAAAUUGCAAUGUGUGUCUGGAUAAUCAUUUAAGUUAAUAAAUAAUGUGGAAUAUAA